UUUAUGACAACAUUUCAAAAACAAUUCAAAAUAGUCCUUAACGGCAAGUAGACUACGCUCCAACUGCCAUUUUACUUUUGUACGUUUCCAACAAUGGAUAUUGAAAAAGUUUUCAAUGAUUUCGAGGAAGAAUUGGCUCGGAUCCGUUCGAAAGCCAAUCAUAUAAUAAUCGUGACGAACGACGGGACCGUCCUUCACUCGACCACGGAUGCAACGACCACCCGGACGAUAGCCGGCCUGGUCUGCAACCUUUUAACCUCAUUGGCCAACAGCGCUGUUCGUGAUGUUGACCCCACUGACGAGCUGAAAUAUAUGCGAAUCGCUACCAAAACGUAUGAGGUCCUCGUUGCUCCCGAUAAGGAUUUCACAUUGGUAGCAGUGAUAUAGUGAGAGAAGCAACCGGGACCACCCUUCCUCGGCCAGCAGAUGAUAAUCACAAUUCUGGAAACUUUAUGAAACUCUCCGAUAUGCAAAACAGGUUAUCGGAAACGUACGGAUAUUCAAUAUUUGUUGUGCAAUGGUAAUCGUCCUGUGGGGUAGUAUGAAAAUAAACAUGACUCUUUCAAUCGAUUU